AUGGCUUUCGUCUCUCAUUCCAUUGCCCUUCUUUCGGAAAACGUCUGUCAAAAGAUCUCGUCGUCUCAGCAGAUCACGUCUCAUGAAGACGUCAUCGAUGGUCUUGUUGAGAACGCGCUGGAUGCGGAUGCAAGAUCGGUCGUGGUCGAAGUAGAUUUUGCAAAGGGUUAUUUCUCUGUUCGCGACGAUGGAUUUGGUAUCGAAGGUGUUGAGUUCACUGAAGCUGGACAUUUGGCGAAACCACACUGUACCUCAAAGCUCAACUCCAGUCGCGCUACCUUCGGUCGAUAUGGUCGGUUCCUACCAAGCCUGUCCUCCUUGUCACUGCUCUCCAUAACCUCUCGACGGCAGUCCGACGCCCGCGCGAGUAGGUUGAUUCUCUCUCAUGGCGAAGUCAUUUCCAGACAGUUGGCUUUGGACUCGGAAGAUGGUGGAAUUGCGGGACACGGAACGACAGUGGUAGUUCAUAAUCUUUUCGGAAAUAUUCCCGUACGGUCGCAACACACGUUUCAGUACUAUUCAUCUACAACAGAAACUGGCAAAGCUUUCGACCAAGUGAAAAGGAGGCUUGUCGGGUAUUUACUUGCCCGGUCCGGAGCAUUCGACCUGCGACUUUACGAAACGCAUGGCAGAAGGCAAUAUGUUCAUGUCAGUCCGAGAGACGCAGACACUGGCGAUGUCACGAUUGAGAGCACUGUCUCCAUAAUCUUUCAGGCCAGGCUUCUGCCCCAUCCUGACUCGACGUCAUGGAAGCUGGCAUCGAUCCGAUCUAACGAGUUCUUUAUACGCGCGGUCUUCUCACUGAAGCCAUGUCCGGUCCGGGAUAUCCAGUAUAUUUCUAUCGGACAGAUUCCGAUGACGAAUGCUGCGGGAAACAACGAGCUUUUCGAGGCCAUAAACAAGGCUUUUCAGCGCUCAAGCUUUGGCGCCGUUGGCCUAGAUCAGAUUUCCCGAAGCCAGGUGGCCGGACGUGGUGACAGGGAUCGAGGUCGAGAAGUUUUGAAUAGGGGAAAGCGCAUCGAUAAAUGGCCCAUGUUCUACAUUAGGGUGGACCCGAUUUCUGAUAACGUCCGAUUGUCGAUGGGCUUGGACGAGGCCCCUGCCGAGAUCCAGGUCGGUAUCGACCGUUUGAUCAAAGCUCUGGAGACGCUUGUCUCAUACUUCUUGCAGUCGUAUGGAUUCGAGCGUCCGUCAAGAGGCCUCAACCCGACUGAAACUCAGAAGUCCGCGAUAAGUGCAGGCCACCAAGGGCAACAGCCUCUCCAGCAGUCGAUGUCUGCUCGCCAGUCACAACAACUGAACAAUUGGCAUCGCAUCAAGAGCGGACGCCACUCGUUCCACUCGUCUGGUCGGCCUCAUAUCCCUAAAAUGUUUUCGAAAUCACAAGUAUCAACCGCUUCCGGCGGAAAAGACCAGUUGUCCGUCGACAUUCUUGGAAAAGACCAAGCUGACUCUGACAAUCUUGACGGCCCUGAAGGCACUCUCCUCAAUGAAAUUUGGCUGGCUUCCAACGCACCAGGUAAUGAUGAUGCGGUUUCUGCCCUUCUUUGGACGGACCCACGCAAUGGUCGGGUUGUUCGCCGUCAUCCGCGUACAGGAGCGGUCUUACCCUCCAGGAGCAGUGACUUCAGUCCAUCCGUUGGACUUUUUCCAAGUCAUACAUGCUUGAGCUACCGUGGCCGUACAACGGACGGGUCGUCGGCACUUGCACGGUCGGGUAAUCUCAUCGGAGGAGCAGCAGCUCAAAUGCCUCAACGGCUGUCCAAAUAUUGCAAGUUGCCAAUUUUUCAUCGGUCAGAGUCUGCAAUCCAGUCUCUCGAUUCAGCACAGAGAGCAGAGGCAGUGACAAGCAAGCAUGCUAAGUCUGGAAACUCCUUGAUACUGCGUGACAGCAGCGGACAUGUCACGAAAGAUUCCCUUGCCCGGUCCACCGUUGUCGGGCAGGUUGACCGAAAGUUCAUUCUCGCCACCAUAGUUGCAAAGGACGACGAGUCGAAGAGUCGGAAGCCGCUUCUCGUCCUUGUCGAUCAACACGCUGCUGACGAGCGUAUCAUACUGGAGAACUUGUGCAGAGAAAUGUGCAUGCGGAAGCACUCGAGCCUUGAUAACCCGAUCAUCUUCGAAAUUGAUCCUGCAGAAGCAAAAAUGUUUGAGGAGCAACGCGAGUACUUUGAAGAGUGGUGUUUCACCUACAGUGUAGAGUGGAAUGCUGAGCAUACAACGACGGGCGGCAAUGACAUCGGCGGCCACAGUUGCGCGAUCAGUGUCACAACAUUGCCAACCCUCAUUGCGGAGCGCUGCUAUGCCGACCCAGUUGUCUUGGUCGACCUCCUGCGGAGGGAGAUAUGGUCCAAGCACUCUUCGAAUUCUGGCUCACUCGAAAGCAAUAAGAAUAGGGUGAUUCAAGAGGGCACACAUUGGGUGACUGCUAUCGCUAAUUGCCCGACUGGUGUGCUUGAGAUGCUGAAAUCACGUUCGUGCCGUACUGCAAUAAUGUUCAACGAUGUUUUAGACCCCGACCAGUGUGGCCAAAUGGUCCGCCAGCUUGCCCGAUGUGCAUUCCCUUUCCAAUGCGCCCAUGGGCGGCCAACUGUGACGGUACUAGGGUCUUUCACUGGUCUUGAUGGUUCUUCUGGAUCGAGAAUCCCAGAAACAUCUCCCCACAAUGGUGACCAAGUCGGGUUCGGAGUCGGCUGGAAGACGUGGACGGUCGAUGAGUGA